UUCGAUUUCAAUUAAAAGAAAAUUCUAAAAUUUACAAUUUUUUUGGGGUAUUUCAUGGAGUAAUUUUAUUUUUCAAGAAGAAUAUAUAAAUGGCAGACGAAAUAAAACAAAUGCGAGGGAAAGAGAAAGAAAAAUAUUGUCAGAUGGAAGUUGAAGGCAAAAGUUGCGAGAGAGCAAGGAAGAAGACGAGGCGAGGCGAGAGGCAGAUAAUUGAGAAGAAGAAAGCAAUCGAGAACAGGAUCAAAGCUGCUUCUUCGGUGAAAGAUCAUCUCGCUACUUGUCCGCAUUUUCGCCACUAUCGAGGAAACGGAUUGCAUGCACAUUUGGAGUCAGGACGUGGCGAUAGGCUCCCUGUUCGUACAAAACAAUACAUACAAAAUCUUCUUAAGCUGAACAUGGAGGCACCUUUUGGACCUGAGUGGUCAGAUGAAGAAAAGAUUAAGAGACGUGAUAUGGUUGCGCCAGAAGCUCGUUACAUAUUUGUGCAUGAGGUAUCGGAUGAGGAUGCUGAUAAAGCAUUAGAGCUCAGGGACGUGGAGAGGCCAUGCAAUUGUAAGGGUUCUAUUGUAGGUUUUGUACAUUACCGAUUCACUCUGGAGGAAGAGGUACCUGUACUUUAUGUUUAUGAAUUACAGCUUGAGCAUCGUGCUCAAGGAAAGGGACUAGGGAAAUUCUUAAUGCAACUAAUUGAGCUAAUUGCUUCUCAGAAUGGAAUGGGUGCUGUGGUUCUAACCGUCCAAAGAGCAAAUCCAAUGGCAAUGAACUUUUAUAUAUGUAAACUGAGGUACACAAUUGCUGCAAUUUCUCCCUCAAAAGUGAAUCCGUUGGGACCAGAGAAAAACUAUGAGAUACUUUGUAAGUCAUUAGACAAUGAAGCUCAGGCAGUCUUGGAGAAUCUUUUAUUGCGAAGCUCUGGCACUCUUGGAGGCUCAAGCUCUAUACUAGCGCCCCAAAAUACCACAUCCGACUCAUGAGACACCCAGAUUGCUGAUGUACUGGUGUAGCUCUGUUCUUGCCCAUAUGAGUCACAAGGUGGAUAUGUACAUCAAUGGACAUGACCACUGCUUGCAGCAUCUUAGCAACGAGAACGGGUAUGUUUCUAGAAACUUUUAUUUUGGUUAAUAUAAGGGGUUUUGACCUGUUUUCUUUGACAUGGUUGUUGUGAAGCAGGUCAAUGCAGUUCCUAACAAGUGGGGUUGGUUCAAAGGCAUGGAAGAAUAUAAUCCAUUAUGGAAUGCACAAUGAGAGCAUGAUGCACUUCUAUCAUGAUGGCCAAGGCUUCUUGUCUCUUGAGAUUGCUUACGAUAAGGCAAAGAUAGCAUUUUACGACGUUUCUGGGAGACCUCUUCAUCGUCUCAAACUUGAAAAGUGAAACAAGAAGAAGCUGUUUACCUUAAGUGAUGAAAGAUAUUUCAGCUGCUGAGCAAUAAUGAGGUGGAUCAUGAAUGAAAUGUAACAUUCAGUAAUGAUUCAAAUUAGUAAAUAAAUGACUGAAAACAUAAUCCUGGAGAAGUUCAGUUCCAUAAUCAUAAAUUUGAUAAAGACAAAGCAAUGAAGAACAUAGAAAUUUAAAUGGGAGACGUAAA